AUGUGUCCUUUUUUUCUUUUCUUCACAAUGAGACUUUCAAAUAUAUCAUGGUUGCACGGCAACGAAGCAUCAGUGAUAAACACUGAUAUCAUGCAGUCGAUGAUGAUGAUGUGGGCGAGAUGGCUCAAUGGUCAGAGUGCGAAUUUACUGACCGGAAGAUCCAUGGUCCCCCGCCUGACCACGGAAUCUCGGAUGUUCCUAUCUGGCCUUGAGCAACCGGCAGCAUCCCAGUCCUCGUGCCUCCUUCUGAUGGCAUGGCAGCUAGGCACCGAAAGGGUGGUACAGCUGCUGGUGAAGUUUCGAUCGCCGGAAAGUGAGAAUGUGUGGGGCAAACAGCCAAGCCUUGGAGGCGAUGACAUAUUCAGUUCGUUCGGAAAUCGGGUAGCUACACAUUGA